AUGCCUGGGGGCCUCCACGCCGGGACCCAACCAAUCAUCCUAAUCUUUCCCAAGGCCUCUCCAGAGACCUCUAUAUACACGCUAUGGUUUUUGGGUCCGGAUCUCAGAGGACGACAGGUCCAGCCUAUCUCAGCUGAAGAAUCCGCUUUCAGUUUCGCUCUUUCCGGGAGUCCUCGCUGGGGUCGGCUUGCGAACGGCCGUGAUACGACCGUUCGCUCCAGCCGGUGGAUCCUCAGCGUGUCGGGUUGGGAGUUCAACGCGUCGUCAUUUUCACACGCCGCAGAUAGAGGGGCGAAAGAAGCACUACAGGCCACAUGUCGCACCAAGGAAUGCGGCCUCACCUGUUUAGACCGGCUCGAAACCCAGGUGUCCCCAAGGAAACUGCCCGGGCUUGGUGACAGCGCUUGGAGGUUGUCCCCAUCAAAUGCAUCCUCGGUAGGGCAAAACGGGAAGACCAGCAAAGGGUUCGUCCUCGAACUUGACUCAAAAAAGACAGCAGCCGAGUUGGCUCGCCUAUGGCCUGCCAAGCUGGGAAAAGCUAUAGCGCCUAAAGACAAAUCAGCCUCGAGGGAACAUCAUCUACUCAAUACAGCCAUCCUCCUCUUUAGCCACCUUGUCCACCCGGCCCCUGAAGGCGUCGCACACCUUCUUGUUGUACUCGGGCGUCAUCCCCGCCCAAGCAGCCCUGAUGGAGUCCUUGAGGGCCUCCACAUUCUUGUGGCACACACCGAGAGCUCGAAUCGACUGCCGGGGCUGGGCGGCAAUGAUGUUGGCGACAGAGGCGAUGUUCUCGGGCGUCCUCUUGGUCCCCUUCCUGUUGGGCAGGGUUCUCUCCACAGUCCCAGUCCUCUCCAGCAUCUUCUUUACAUCAAGCACAGUGCUUUUGGGGAUCUUAAAUUGUUUGGUAAUCUGGAGAAUCAUGUCGACGGAAUUCCCAACAAUGAUCCCGUCCAAUCCGAACGACUUCCACCUCGGGAUCCUGGCGCGGACGUCGAGGACACAGACGCCAAGGAGGAGUUCCACCCGGCGAAAUCGGCGAACGGAAUGAAGAAGUCGAUGGCAAGGCUCCUGCUCGUCCACGAAGGCCAGGCUCCUCAUACCCAGAUCCUUGCACACCAACAAUCCCAUGGUGCUGUGUCUCAUGCCAAACUUUUUAGCAAGAGCUCGAAUCGACUGCCGGGGCUGGGCGGCAAUGAUGUUGGCGACAGAGGCGAUGUUCUGGGGCGUCCUCUUGGUCCUCUUCCUGUUGGGCAGGGUUCUCUCCACAGUCCCAGUCCUCUCCAGCAUCUUCUUUACAUCAAGCACAGUGCUUUUGGGGAUCUUAAAUUGUUUGGUAAUCUGGUACCUGUGAGAGAGGUUCUUGAGACAAUGCUGAAUACAUGUGCCACACAAGAUGAAAGCUUGAGACAGGAAGUGCACAAUCAUGAAAUGCAGCAUAAACAUCUUUCUGAUGAACAUGAGAAGACAACAGAAGUACUAAACAAAUAUGAGAGACAAUUGGAUACAUUACGCAAGGACCUUCUUGACCGUUGCUUAUCUAUCUUGAAUUCCAAGAAGGAGGUCAUCAAAUGCCUAAGUAGGGAUAUGAAUGAUGAAGAGGGUGAAGGAAGAGGACAAGAUAGUGGAGAGCAGAGGAUUCCAUCUCCUCAACCAGGACCUAGCACAAGUACAAAAUUUCAAAAUUGUGACAACUCUCUUUUCGAUGAGGAUACUGAUGUGGAAUCAGACAGUGAAAACUCACUGAGGAAACCAGUGAAAAAUAUGCCUCAUCCAAGAAGUCAUAUUAAUUAUGAUGAUUCUGAUGAUGAAGAACCAAGUCAUUCACCGCCAAAAAGAACCAAAGGUGUUGAGCAGCCUUCCCAAGUGCAACAGCUUAUGGAUACCCUCAUUGGAGAUAUUUAACCUAAUCAUCUCCCUCCCUGCAUGACUGCACAGUCACGUGAUAGAAUCAAAUUUAAAUUCUUUGUUGCAUUUACAACCUUACAUCUGUGAUUGGUAUUUUUUUUUAAUUGCCCUGGAAUGAAGCCUUCUUUCAAAUGAA